UCCGACUUAGAAUCAACGACGACGAAGACGCCAGUCAAAUUCAACCUCUGUAGAUGAAGAGGUUUAUCAAUUCAACCGUGACGUUUUCCGUCACCGUCGCCGUUAUCUUCUUCCUUUUGUCUCCCGUCACCUCCUUAGGUUCAGGCUCAACUUACGCCGUCGUCUACGGCUCCGACACCGUCUGCGCUUUAAUCUCCGGCCAAUCCACACAGCGUAUCCUCUGUUACGACACCCGCCGUAGUACCAACGUUACUCUAAACCCCGGCGUCUCAUUCUCCUCAAUCGCCGCCGGAGAUAAUUUCCUCUGCGGUAUACGCUCCGGUGGUUACAGCCUUCUCUGUUGGGAUAACAUCGGAAGCUACUCUCCUAACCGUAAACGAAUCUACCAAAGCGACACCGUUUUGCUCGAGAAUCUCUCCGUCGGCGAUAAACAAAUCUGCGCCACCGUAAACGGCACAAAUUCUUUAAAAUGCUGGAGAGGUUCCGAUCAAUCAAAACCUCCGAACGAGAGAUUCCAGUCAAUUUCAUCCGGCGUUGGUUUCUCCUGCGGCGUUUCGAUUCGAAAUAACCAAAUCCUUUGCUGGGGAACCGAUCCGGUUAAAUCGAAUCAGAUCCAAACCGGAUUCGGAAACACGACGAUGGUUACCAUAUCUGCAGGUGAAUCACAUGCUUGUGGAUUAAACACUACUGGGAAUUUGAUUUGCAUCGGAAACAACGAUUCUGGGCAGCUCAAUGUUCCUUCAGAUCAAACUAACCAUUACUCAUCUCUCUCUCUCGGAUCAAAUUUCACUUGCGCGAUGCGAAUCUCGAACAAUUCGGUGGUUUGUUGGGGCGGAGGAGCAGAGAGAUUCAACAAUGUCACGGAUUCGAUCUCAUUCGAGUCGAUUUCUUCGGGUCCGGGUCUAAUUUGCGGGUUAAUUUCAAGUAAUCUCUCUAUAAUGUGUUGGAAUCCUUCAAAUUUCUCAAGAAUCUUCCUCCCUUUCCCAGAAGUUUUACCAGGUCCUUGCGUUGAAUCAUCAUCUCUUUGCUCUUGUGGUAUUUAUCCACAAUCUGAUAAGCUCUGUUCUGGUUCUGGUUCGAUCUGUAAAUCAUGCUUGAUUCAAUUUCCGGCGAGUCCUCCGAGUCAAUUUCCUCUUCCACCACCGCCAUCACCGUCAACUUCGUCUCCUCCAUCGAAAGCUUUAACCAGAGGAUUGUUAGCGUUUGCGAUUGUUGGAUCAGUUGGAGCAUUUGCAGGGAUCUGUAGUGUGGUUUACUGUUUAUGGACUGGAGUUUGCUUGGGGAAGAAGAAAGUUCAUAACUCGGUUCAACCAACGAUAACUCGCGGCGGCUCUAAUAGCCGGUCUAACAGCUCGAAUAGCCGGUCGUUAACCAUAAGACGUCAAGGAUCGAGAAUGCUAUCGAUGAGGAGACAGAGAAGUGGAACAUCCUCGAUGAAACAUGCGGAUAAAGCGGAAGAGUUUUCGUUCUCCGAGCUCGCUUCCGCUACCGGAAACUUCUCUUUAGAGAACAAAAUCGGUUCGGGGAGCUUUGGUGUUGUUUACAGAGGCAAACUCAAUGACGGGAGAGAAGUAGCUAUCAAACGUGGGGAAGUAAACGCGAAGAUGAAGAAGUUUCAAGAGAAAGAAACCGCGUUUGAUUCGGAAAUCGCGUUUCUAUCGAGGCUUCAUCAUAAGCAUUUGGUGAGACUAGUUGGUUACUGCGAAGAAAGAGAAGAGAAACUUCUCGUUUACGAUUACAUGAAGAAUGGAAAAAGAGCGAUAUUUAAGAACAAUGGUGAUGUGGAGGAGGAGGAAGGGAGUGUUCCGGUGCAUUUGGUGGAUUACUCGGUGCCAGCGAUAUCGGCUGAUGAGUUGGGUACAAUUUUGGAUCCGAGAGUGGGAUCACCUGAGCUAGGGGAAGGAGAUGCGGUGGAGCUGGUGGCUUAUACGGCGAUGCAUUGUGUGAAUGCGGAAGGGAGAAAUAGGCCGACGAUGACGGAUAUAGUAGGGAAUUUGGAGAGAGCAUUGGAUUUGUGUGGGGAUAGUCAUGGGAGUAUCUCUAGUGGCAUUUGUUCUAUUGUCUCUGAUUGAGAGAUUAAAUUCAAAAAAAUUGA